UUGAAUCUACUCCUCUGCUUUGCCAAAAGAGUUACUUACGUUUAUAACAACAUCCACUGAUUCAAUCUUAUAACACUUACAUCUGAUAGACUUUGCAGUUACUUUUUUGGGGGGGUACUGGGGAUCAAACUUAUGACCUUGUGCUUACGAGGCAGGUGCCGUGCCACUGAGCUAAAUCCCCGGCCCUCUUUGCAGUUACUUUUCUCCCACAUUCUAUUCUCUUUGUACACUGUGACAGUUUAUUAUUUGUUAUUGCUGUCCCAUGAGGUAAGUGAGAUUUGGUGAGGAGAAUGGAUAGUGGUUGGAUGAGUAAUGUUAGGCACUAAGAGGGAAAUUUCAAGAGGGUAGAGAGCUAUAUGAGAAGGAAAGUUUAAUGUGGUUUUAUUGAAGUACUUUUAGUUGAGUUGAAGUAUUAGUAUUGAGAAUUUUCCGAAAAUAUUUUGUGGGAGUAAGGGCAAGAUGUGGAAGAAAGGAAGUUUACUUUAUGAUGGAGGAAAGCCAUGUGGGAAUCAGGACUUGCCGACAGGGAGGACAAUAAAUUUGGUAUGAUAUGGAAAAGCUUGGUACGAUAGGAUGGAAGGAUUGAGGAAUUAUACUAGAGAAGACAGGAAUGACUUUGAGGGGAUGAAGUAUGAUUUAAAAAAUGAGAGGUGGAGUUUAUGUGUUUCAAAAAAUAAAUGUGUUAAUUACUGUCUUGGGUAUUUGAGGUGAAGGAACUAGAUAGAGAUGAAAGAUAGGAGUUAAAUCAGAGCCAAUGAAAGAAAAAUAUGCAAAAGUAACAAUCUAAUAAACACAGAAAACAACAAGAGACUGUAACAUAACCUCACAUUACAUAAAUCGAGAAAUAUACAAAAAUUUAAACAAAUAAGAUGUCUGAUGGGAAUACAGAUUAACUAUUCCAAGGAGAUAUCGCUUGUGUGAUUCCCAGGUAGCUUCUUUGCGUGAGACCCUGGGUGCUCACACCCCAGUAACUCCUCUGACUCUCCACUGCAACACUAAUGUUAACCCAAUAUUAGAACUCCUUUCUGCCAGGUAGAGUGUGAUUCAGUUUGAGUUCUUGGAUUAGGAACUCUUGUUGUCCCCUUCCCUGGAUGUGAUGGUGGAUGUGGCAGACAGGUUCACCGUCACUUAAGGAUCCGCAUAGUUAUAGUUAUCAUAGUUAUUCCUGUGCAGCAGUAACAGGCAAAUCUGCCACAGUGGCACCUAUCAGGGUUACUUGAGAAAUAACAUACUAUGAGACCCUGUUUUGGAUUUUCCUCUGACCUAGAAAAGGAAUCUACAGUUACAGUGUAACCAUCAUAACUGCCCACAUCUUGACCCACAGUUAAUGUGUGCAAACAGCAUUAAGCAGUAAAUUUAUUGAAUCUACUAUCUAAAGCUCAAGGGUUUGGGGACUAGGUAAUGCCAGAAAGGUGAAGAGAACAGAAAUAAAGGUGGGUUUUUUUGUUGGUUUUUGUUUGUUUGUUUUUUUUUAAGGUCUUCUGCUCUGUGGUAUGGAAAGGAGGAAAUAGGAAGGGGAUAAAUGAUCCUAUUGAUGAAGGCAGUGACCUUUGAGGAUGUGGCCGUGAACUUCACCAUGGAGGAGUGGGCUUUGUUGGAUCCAUCCCAGAAGAAGCUCCACAGAGAUGUGAUGUGGGAAAACUUUACAAAUGUGACUGCUAUAGGAAGAAAGUAUAAUGAUCAGCAAAUUGAAGAUGAGUACAAAAAUUACUGGAUAAAUAUAAGAAGUGCAGAUGCAGAUAAAUGCUGGCAAGAUAAAUUAUGGUAUCAACUUGGAGAAAUGGUUUGUGUGACUUCUGGGCCAAAUGUGCCUGUGAAAUUGCUUGGUAUAAAACCAGGUGAAAGCCUUGUAUGUGGAAAGCCUCUGAUUGGUCCUUCAUCACCAACUGUGCCCAUGACACAUAAUACUGGUCUCAAAUCAUAUGAUCUUUGUGGAUUUAAACAGAAGCUGUCUAAAUAUUACAGACAUGGGAAAGCUUCCACUGAUUUUCAAUCCUUUCAGAAACAUGAAAAGACAAAUCCUGAAGAAAACCCUUACAGAUAUGAGCAAUGUGAAAAGUCCUACUCUGAUGGUGCUGAAGGAAAUAAUACUAAAGAGAAAUCCUUUGUAUAUAAACAAGAUAUAAAAGCCUUCAGUAUUGCCAACUCUGUUCAAAUCCAGGAAAGAAGUCACAGUAGCACGAAUACCUAUGUAUGUAUACAGUGUGGAAAAGAAUUGAAUUCUCACUAUGAUAUCCAGAAACAUGAAAGUGCUCACUCUAGAACAAAAUCAUAUAUAAAUAAUCACAGUCAGAAAUCAUUAAAUAACACUUCACUUAGUAAUCACGAAAGACUUCACAUUAGGCAAAAGCUCUAUGUGUGUAAGCAAUGUGGGAAAGGUUUCAGCACACACAGUUAUUGUCAAAAACAUGAAAAAUCUCACACUGGGGAAAAACCCUAUGUAUGUAAGCAAUGUGGGAAAGCUUUCAUCACACAGAAUCAUUGUCAAGCACAUGAACAGACUCACACUGGGGAGAAACCUUAUGUAUGUAAGCAGUGUGGGAAAGCUUUCAGCACACACAGUUACAGUCAGAUACAUGAAAGGACUCACACUGGGGAGAAACCCUACAUAUGUAAGCAAUGUGGGAAAGCUUUCAGCACACGCAGUUAUUGUCAGAUCCAUGAAAAAACUCACACUACAGAGAAACCCUAUGUAUGUAAGCAGUGUGGGAAAGCUUUUAAGACACAGAGGCAUUGUAAAAUACAUGAAAGUACUCACACUGAGGAGAAACCCUAUGUAUGUAAGCAGUGUGGGAAAGCUUUCAGCACACUUAAUUAUUGUCAAAGACAUGAACAAACUCACAUUGGGGAGAAACCAUAUGUAUGUAAGCAAUGUGGGAAAGCUUUCAGGAUGCAGAGUUAUUGUAAUAUACAUGAAAAGACUCACACUGGGGAGAAACCAUAUGUAUGUAAGCAAUGUGGGAAAGCUUUCAGGACACAGAAACAAUGUAAAGUACAUGGAAAGAUUCACACUGGGGAGAAACCAUACGUAUGUAAGCAAUGUGGAAAAGCUUUUAGCAGACACAUUUAUUGUAAAAUACAUGAAAGAACUCACACAGGGGAAAAACCCUAUGUAUGUAACAAAUGUGGGAAAGCUUUCAGCACCCAUGGUGAACAUAAAGUACACGAAAGAAUUCACACUGGGGAAAAACCCUAUAUAUGUAAGCAGUGUGGGAAAGCUUUCAGGACACAAAGCAAUCAUAAAAUACACCAAAGAAGUCACACAGGGGAGAAACCCUAUGUAUGUGAGCAAUGUGGGAAAGGUUUCAGGACACAAGGUCAUCGUAAAAUACAUGAAAGGACUCACACUGGGGAGAAACCCUAUACAUGUAAGCAAUGUGGGAGAGCUUUCAUCACACACAAUGAAUGUAAAAUACAUGAAAGAAGUCACACUGGGGAGAAACCCUAUGUAUGUAAGCAAUGUGGGAAAGCUUUCAGCAUGCACAGUCUAUGUAAAAUACAUGAAAGAAUUCAUACUGGUGAGAAACCUUAUGUAUGUAAGCAGUGUGGGAAAGCUUUCAGCACACAAGGUGAUUGUCAGAAACAUGAAAGGAUUCACACUGGGGAGAAACCCUAUGUAUGUAAGCAAUGUGGGAAAGCCUUUGGGAGACAGAGUCAUCGUAAAACACAUGAAAAGAUUCACAGUGGGGAGAAACCCUAUGUGUGUAAGCAAUGUGGGAAUGCUUUCAGCACACAAAAUUCAUGUCAGAGACAUGAAAGGACUCACACUGGAGAGAAGCCCUAUGUAUGUAAGAAAUGUGGGAAAGCUUUUACCAGACACAGUUGUUGUCAAAAACAUGAAAGUACACACUCUGGGGAGAAGCUCUCUGUAUGAAAGCAUUGUGGUACAACUUUCAACACAAAAGGAUUGUCAACUGUAUGAAGGAAAUCACAUAGUAUUUGUAAAUAAUGUGGAAAAGCAUUCAGUUACUGUAGUAAUCAUCAGAGACAUUUAAAAAUUAAGAGGAAAUUAACUUUGAAUAUAUGAAGUAACAAACUGACAAACUGCAGAGAAAUCCUUUGUGUGCAAUAUGAAAAUUUCAGUACAUGUAUAUUACACAUCUGAAAUAAUUCAUAGGACAUAAAAUCUGAACAUAUGUGAACAGUGGGAAAUUUUUAUUUUUCUCAGUGUAUUCAACUUCAUUAAAAUUCACAGUGAGAAGUAUACAAGAAGUAUGGCAAACUUCUAUUUUUCCACUUACUCUGAGUAACUUGAAAGCACUCCCACUGAAGAGACAGCCUAUGUAAAUAAUGUAUUAAAGCUUUUUAUGAUUCUCAUGAGAAAACGUGUAUAAACUAAAAAUGAGGUUUAAUAUAAAUACCAAAUGUGAGAAAGCCAAGAACCAGUGACAGAGACAGAGGUGUGUUAGGCAGGAGAUACACUGUUUAAAGCACAUAUACAGAGACAGUCUUCCUCCAAUAUAUCUAUGGAUUAAUAUGCUGGUGAGGUUGGAAAGGGCAUGUUAAAUUCAGAACAAUAAAGCACCUUGCAUCCAAGUCUUCACUACGUGGCCUUUAAGCAACAUUUUACAUUAAAACCAUGACCUUUGUGGUAUAUGUAAAGGGAAGUUUAUUCAUACAAUAAAACUAAUGCAUCUUAAAAUCCUUCAUUUGUGACAGUAGAGAUUAAUCAAGCGGUCAUUAUGUGGAAUGUGCCAUGCAUAGACAAAGCCUAAUCAUAUUUGCUCUUAGCAUCUAAAAUUCACAACUAAUGAAGCAGUUUAGCAGUUACCUCCAAAGUACUGAAUGGCAUAGAUCCCUUCGUAACUACAGUGAUGAAUGCAGUGCCACAUAGCAUUACAAUUUGCUAGAAGUUGUUAAUGUUUUCUUCAUAUACUGAAAAGGUGAUUGUGUUAUGUGAUACAAA